AUGGAUACCCGGACACGCUCUGCAUCCCCUGCGACACACGUUGAAGCCAAGUUGGCUACUCCACCUCCUGUCCAGGACAAGAUAUCCGCGUACUAUUCCCUGGUCUUCCCGCACUACACAUUCUACAUCCAAACACUCUCUAUUACUAUUGGCCGUAGAUGUGCUCCUAACGCGAACGUGGCAACCUCGUCCACUGCUGAACCAACAAACGUUGAUGUUGAUCUUGGAGCCCUUAAGAGUGUCUCCCGCCUCCAUGCCAAAAUUGAGUAUGACCAGGAGGAUGACCGCUUCGUACUUGCCGUUAUCGGUCGUAACGGCGCUUGGGUAGACGGAGUAUGGUCCGGAGCUGGUACGCGAGCACCUCUUGGUGAACGAUCCCAAAUUCAAAUAGCGUCUCGAACGUUUCAUUUUGUUCUGCCCCCACCCCCUCCUCCAGAUGACACACCCUCACCCAGCUCGCAGUCUUCAGCAAACCGGCCCCGUUCACCGUCACUUGACAUCACAUCCAUUUCACCACCCUCAUCACAACCAUCUCAUUCUUCGCCGCCUCCUCCAACUGAGACCAAGCCUUUGUCCCCGUCACCUGAACCUCAAAUACUGCCUCCACCCCCGCCGCAGCUCCCUAACUCAAAUGCGAUUGGAAAGCCCAAGACGUCCGCGAAGAAGCGGAAAAAGGGCGAAGUUGAUCCAGCGCCGGUUGUCGAAAAGCCGAGGCCAGAAGACAUGCCGCCCAAGCCACCAUUUACCUACGCUCAAUUGAUUAAUCGGGCUAUAAAGGCCAUUGGAGGAAAGGCAACACUACAGGAGAUUUGUGGAUGGAUUAUGAAUACGCACGAGUAUUAUCGCUACGCAGAUGGUGCAUGGAUGAGUUCCGUUCGUCACAAUCUCUCAUCCGGCAGGGCGUUUUUGAAAGGCGAGAGGUGUGGUGGAGAUCGCGGGAAGGGGUUCUUCUGGUCUGUUGAUGAAAAGUAUGCGCAGGCACUUGAAGAGCAGGAGACCAAGAGUCAACAGACUGCUCUGGCUAACGCGUCUGGUGGGAAAGAAGGGCCUGCGAAGGGUAGUCGGAAGAAAGAGAAAACCGCUUUGCUAGAACCCCCUCUCAAGCGAAGUGUGAAAGGUGACCUGAAGGGGGCUCCUUUGCCACCUCCGCUAACGUCCGCGCCUUUAUCCUUCAAAUCCACCUUAUCCUUGACGGCGUCUUCCUCCGCCCCAUCCAUCGCCACCGCCGCAGUCGGAGCUAUCGCGACUUCAUCGCCAGCAACAACAGGAGUUUUCGCAUACCCUGCCCAUCCCCAUCCUGCAAACUUUGGGACCGCAUCUCAAGUUCCUUCCGCCCUUCCGUCCGGAUAUUCAGCAGUCCAACUUACUACACCCAAUCCCUACGCAGCAUUGACACAACAUCAUUGGGCCUUGCACCCGUCUGCUCCCAAGUCUACGACCACUACUAUAAUAACUCCGUCAACUUCUACCCCGACCUCGUUUGUGCCUCCGGGUCCAUCAAAUUAUCACCUGCCGCCUCAAUCAGGGACUCCAUCUACUGGCCCACUGCAACCUCUUCCAGGGCAUGCGCCCGUUCCCGACGUCGUAAUCCCCAUCAUUCUCGGACCUAUUCCCCCAACGCACACUGACUACGCCCCAAAUCAUCCCAAUAACUCAAAGAAAGAAGGUUACAUGGUUCUCCACGAGCGAAAGCUCAUUCUCGAUCCAGAUGUAUUUGCGGGCUUAACAAAGGAAAUGCUCGAGGAAAUUGAGAAAAUGGGAGCUCGGGAGGCACUGCGUGUUCUGACGGGUCAUAUGAUAAAAGCGUUGAAGGAGAGAAGGGCGAAAGGCAGAGGUAAAGAACGUGGUGGACGGAGACUAAGGGGGGCAGGAGGGCGAGGCGGGUCAAGGAAAGCGUCGGUUCUCAUUGGUCCAUUUACUAAUGUUCCGUUGGACAAUCGGCGGUCGGCAAACAGUACGACUCCUGCGGAUGGUGGUGACUCGGCCGGAGUUCUCAGCGCGAAAGUUCCGGCUGUGUCAAUAAUGCCUGAGUCAGUACCAUCAUUGGCAGGUCAAGACUCUUUGCUAGCCGAUCCGGGCACGCCCAUCGUUAUCAUCGACGAUUCAGACGACGAAGGGCCUGCUACCAAGAGGAGGAAAGUUGAAAGCGAAUAUAUUGGGACUUGUUAA